GUCCUCAUUCAGAUUCAUCUCACGCGCUUUCUCUCUCUAUUUUGAUCAGCCUCAAUCCCCGUUAUAAUUACUGAAAUUCUCAGUACGUUCUGUGUCUGUCCCUCUCAUUCCUCAGAUUUUCCACCGGGUAAGUUUUCUCACUCUAAAAGUCUGUUUUUCGUUUUCUCAUUUUCAAUUCUUAUCUGGUUGUUUGGUUGGCGAGAAAAUGAGGAGGAACAGGGAAGCGAGUGACACUUCGAAUUUCCGAAUCUUGCUGACUUAUUUGUUUUGAUUUCUGAAAAUUGGAAUUGAGUUUUAUUUAUUUAUUUAUUUUGGUAAAUGAUGUAGAUGUAAAUAUUGGUCUGAAUCCACUCGUUUUGUCCUUUUUUUUUUCUUCGACUAGUAUUGCUCCGGAUUUUCGCUAUCCAUUCCGAUUCUUGUUUGUCUUUAUAAAUGUUUCUGUCGACCUGUGUAUAGAUUUUCGUUGUAAGGCUCUGCUUGAUUUUUGAGAAAUGGUAGGAACGGAAAAGAAGAGACAAUAAGAGAAAGCUUGGAAUCUCACCACUAUACUUUCAGCUUGAGCAUGUUAGCGGAUUCGAAGUUUUCUUUUUCUGUUCCUAUGCUUCCUCCGGAUCGAGCAGAGUAUAAAGGAGAUACAGGCUCGAAGAAGCCCUAGCCCUUGGUUUUUCUUACUUUUGAGGCGCUAGUUUUCUGCCUCAAAUAAGGAAUUAUCUUGUCUGCACUAUCUCUGCAAUUUUUUAAAUUUUUUUCCCACCUAGUGCAGCAUUUGCCCAUGAAUAUGUGUCCUGUUAAUUCUCUUCCUUCUCCAUUCACUGUUUAAACCUCACAAUUUCCUUUAACAAUUUGACCAUGCCUCAUAUUCGACUAGUGUGUUGGACAAUAUCUACCAUAUUGAACCAGUAUUGGUUGUUUUUGUGUGUAACUUCAACUAUUUAACCAAAAUGAAUUUAUGUUGUUCUCAUUCCAGUUACUAUUCAAAAGCUUAGGAUAUAUGCAAAAAUGCAGGUUUGUAUAUAUACAUAUAUUGUCUGUUUGCGUCUCUGGUUAUGAUGGUAUUUAGGUUUUAAACUGAUGCCAUUGCCACUUUUUCUGAAUUUGGAUAACAAGUGCAACAGGUGCAGCAGGCUGCAAUUGAACAGCACAUGAUCAGAUUUCAUAGAGGGUCUAUGAAUAAGAAUUUUUUUUUUCCAAAUUUCAAUUUGGUGUCAUUUUCUGAUUUUUUUUUGUAAUGGAUUUAUCAGUCUAAUUGAUAGCGAUUGGUUUAGGUUAUCUUUAAUUAACUUAAUAAUUCAAUGGCCCACUCUUUUGGGCUAGUUUAGAUAAAAUAUUGUUCAUACACUACUAUUUCCUUGAAUUUAAACUUCGGUUUGAAAAUGCUUUUGUUUUUCUCAUGUUCUUUUGAAAUAGUUUUCUUUUUACAAAAUUGUAUUAUACUUCAUCUAAAACAUACUUCUGUUUUUCUCUUGUUGCUUUGAAGCAUUUUCUUGUUAUAAAAUUAUGUUCGUUAUUCUCAUCUCACAGUAAAUCUGUAAUGAGUGAAAACUUUAGCUUUGUAAAUGCAAUUUAUACUGUACCAGGUGAACAUUUAGUGCCCAAUAAAACAUUGCCUUGGCUUACUUAUGACUUAACUCUAAGUUACAAUAUUAAUUUAUUUUAUCAAAUAUGCUUAAUAACUUAAUUUAAAUUAUUAAGUCAGGAAGUUAAAUUAUUAAGUCAUAUUAAGUUAGUAAGUUAAUUUACCAGUUAAUAACUUAAAACUGGGCUGCCUGUUUUGCAUGCCCGCCAACUCAGGUUGCAAGCAACAUGAUAUAGACUUUCAAGAGAACAAAUUUUAAAAUGGAAAAGAGAAACACAAGGACAAAACAAAAAUUAAUAUAUAUUUGUUUACAUAGAAUUAAUAUAAUAUUUAUCUUAAUAUGACUAAAUCUUGUUUAUCUUCCUUCUUUGUACAAAACCCUUUUUUUCAUUUUUUUCUUUAAAUAACAGCCAAUGGCCCAAUGUUUUCAUUACAUGACUGACCUGUGUCUCUGCAUGACGGACACAUGCCUGAAUUUAAAAAAUUUACUAUAAAAUUCCAGAAGCAUUUUAGGAAUAUUAUGUUUGACAUGUGUGUCUCAGCCACGUGUAUUUUGCUGUAGUUAUGCUUAAUUUGAUAAUUGAUUUGUGAAUAGUUAUCAUUGGGAUACAUGUGCUUAUUGUUUCUGGUGUCUUUGAAUGGCAAGCCUGCAUUUGAUUAAUGUUUUUGCCUAUGAUUUUUUAACUUCAUUUUCUGUCAUGUGAUCUUUUCAGUUCUCUCCUAGUUGUUGAAAAAUGCCAGAGAUUCAAUUGGGAGCUCACACUAUAAGAUCCCAUGGACUUAAAGUAGCAAGGUCACAUAUGCAUGAUUGGCUGAUUCUCAUACUACUUGUGGUAAUUGAGGUCAUUCUGAAUGUUAUUGAACCAUUUCACCGCUUUGUUGGAAAGGAGAUGCUAACAGACCUGUCUUACCCAUUGCAAACCAAUACUAUUCCCUUUUGGAGUGUACCAUUAAUUGCAAUAUUGUUACCCAUUGUUGUGAUUCUUGUCUACUACUUCAUUAGACAGGAUGUUUAUGAUUUACACCAUGCCAUAUUGGGCCUUCUAUUCUCUGUACUGAUCACGGCAGUUAUAACUGAUGCAAUUAAAGAUGCUGUUGGCCGACCUCGUCCAGACUUCUUUUGGCGUUGUUUCCCUAAUGGGAAAGGGGUGUUUGACACUAGAACAACAGAUGUUCUGUGUACUGGAGACAAAAGUGUCAUCAAGGAAGGACAUAAAAGUUUCCCUAGUGGGCAUACUUCUUGGUCCUUUGCCGGACUCAGCUUCCUCUCAUGGUACUUGUCAGGCAAAAUCAGGGCAUUUGAUCGUAAAGGCCAUGUAGCAAAGCUCUGUAUUGUUUUCCUGCCCAUACUUCUUGCAGCUCUAGUGGGAGUUUCUCGAGUAGAUGACUAUUGGCAUCACUGGCAAGAUGUAUUUGCCGGAGGUGUAAUAGGAGCAACAGUUGCUUCAUUUUGUUACUUGCAAUUCUUUCCACCCCCUUAUGACAUAGAUGGUUGGGGACCUCAUGCAUAUUUUGAGAUGUUAGCGGAAAGCCGAAAUGGUAUUCAGUCCUCAACCACAGGUAUUAAUCAUCUCAGCAUGGGCGUAACGGAGCUUCAGAGUAUACAUGUUGAAAGUCAUCUGGGCAUGGACACAUCAGUAGUUUACACCCGUGAUACAAGCCCCAUUUUGGAUGGAUUGAACAGUGGGAGGAGGAAUUGACUAAAAGAUUUUGACAGUAAAGAGGAAAUAGAGAUAGUCAACAGAUGUUCAUAUAUUCUGUAAAAUGAGUAGAGAAAUAUGUUUUAUUUUUGCUUCAGAUAUUCAAUCCUUGAACCUACUCUUUGCAUCGUUUUGAACAAACUUUAUUUCUUGAUUCAUUUGUUUGUAGUACAGGAUGAAACAACCAUUUCAUAUGCUUUAUUUGUUUCUUUUGCCCAUCA